AUGGCAGUGUUGUUUGGAAUAGGAUAUGUUGUGAUCAUCUUCGAGGAGACUUUAUCUUUCAAUAAAAGCGGAAUAGGACUUUUGAUGGCUGUGUGUUUGUGGAUAGUGCGAAGCAUAGGGGCUCCGUCUACUGAAAUUGUUGUGUUAGAGCUUCAACACGCAACAAUGGAAGUCAGUCAAAUAGUUUUCUAUUUGCUCGGUGCAAUGACCAUUGUGGAGAUAGUUGAUGCUCACCAAGGAUUUAAGCUGGUUACAGAUCAUAUAACAUCCCGAAAACCGAAAAUACUUUUAUGGAUGGUUGGUUUUGCCACCUUUUUCCUCAGCUCGGUUCUUGACAACCUAACAACUACUAUUGUCAUGGUUUCUCUACUGAAAAAACUGGUUCCUCCAUCAGAAUUCCGCAAGCUUUUAGGAGCAGUUGUGGUUGUAGCAGCAAAUGCAGGAGGAGCUUGGACUCCCAUUGGUGAUGUUACUACAACUAUGCUUUGGAUACAUGGCCGUGUAUCAACCUUUUCUACUAUGAAGAACCUUCUUUUACCUUCGGUGGUUUCUCUCACUGUGCCUCUUGUUCUCAUGUCAUUGACCAGUGAGGUAAAUGGAAUGAUACUGAAUGCUCCUCAUAGUCUACUAUUAGCUUCUGAGCAGAUUGCUCCAAGAGGAAAGCUUGUACUUGGAGUUGGCUGUGGAGUUUUGGUUUUUGUCCCAAUCCUCAACUCGUUAACCGGGUUGCCUCCUUACAUGGGUGUCUUGUUUGGUCUUGGAGUUCUUUGGAUUUUGACAGAUGUGAUCCAUUACGGUGAUCCAGAGAGACAACAUCUAAAAGUUCCACAUGCUUUGUCUCAGAUUGACAUACAAGGAGCUUUGUUUUUCCUUGGGAUUUUGUUAUCUGUCAGCAGUCUUGAAUCGGCUGGGAUUCUCAAAGAGAUUGCAAACUAUCUUGAUGAUCAUAUAACAAAUGUUGAACUCAUUGCAAGUGUUAUUGGUGUUGUAUCAGCCAUCAUAGAUAAUGUACCAUUGGUUGCAGCAACAAUGGGGAUGUAUAAUCUCUCAAAGUUCCCUCAAGAUUCCACGUUUUGGCAACUCAUUUCAUUUUGCGCUGGAACCGGUGGCUCCAUGCUUAUUACUGGAUCUUCUGCUGGAGUAGCCUUCAUGGGUAUGGAGAAAGUUGAUUUCUUUUGGUACUUCCGUAAGGUGAGUGGUUUUUCUUUUGUUGGUUAUGUUGCUGGUAUCGGUGCUUAUUUAGUGGUUCACAAUCUUCUUCUUGAGCUUCCAACAACUGUUGUUCAGAUUCCUUUGCUUGCUGAUUCCUAA